AGUUCUUAUCAAGAAAACAAAAUUAUAUAUACAUUAUAAUCGAAAGUAAAGAUCUCAUUUCUGAGGCAAUCGCGUCCCAUAAAAAAAACACAAUUUUGAGAAAAAAAUAUUUUUAAUUAUAUAGUUUUAGUUUAAAUGGAAUCAAAAACUCUAGCCACAUGUAUGAAUUUAUUUACAUAUACUGAAUUUCUUUUCACCUGUCACUAUAGGUCUAAUGUAUGGUGGAUAUUUGCGUAGAACCAAACGCUUUCAACCGGUUUGAGCCAGAGGAUACCACCUGGGUGGCCUUGUGAACAAUUAUUUAGAUGUAGUUAAUCACACAGUUAAUUGUGUCACCUGGUAAUGAAUAUUUUUGAAGAGACUCUCCUGACUAUGUCGCGGCCAAUCAGAAGUGAAAGAUAUGCAGAAGCGACAGUCCAAGGAUAAAUAUUAUCUUAUUUUCAGUGUCAGAUGAGUGGACAGGGCUGACGGUCUACAUUUUUUUUGAUAGCUCUAUAUAAUACGGUAGCGAAGCUAGUUAGGUAAACAUUUAUGUUAUAGAAAACAAGAUGAAGACCUUCAUUGUCAGCGUGUUCGGCGUGGUCGCGUUGGCGGCCCUGUGCGCGGCCAAGCCCGCCGAGAGCAUCUGGUUCGCCCCGGAGCACGCGAGGCUGGACAUUAACGCCAUCCUGGCGCCCAUCUGCCAGAGCAUGAUCCCCACGCACGGCGAAAGCGUGCCGCAGACCAGCGCCUCGCCCUACAAGGUCACCGUGGCGAAGACGAAGGUGGCCGCCGGCGCGGUCCUCAACGUGACGGUUUCGGGCUCGGACUUCAAGGGCAUCUUCAUCGAGGCGAGACGCAACACCACCCUGGUCGGCACCUUCGAGCCCAGGGCUGACAACUACACGUUCAUCGCGAGCUGCUCGCCGGGCAAGAACAAUGCUCUAUUCUACGAGAACAGAGCAGGCGUGAAGGAGCUGACAGUGCAAUGGAAAGCACCCGAAACACCUGAAACUGUCGUCUUCAGGUGCACGACCGUCAAAAGCUUCUCAGUGUUCUGGGUCGGAGAUGAGUCAGCCAAGGUGAAAGUAGUGAAGAGUUAGUGAGUGACAAGAGAUUUCUCGACAUUUUUUAAGCAUGAAGCACAUCAUGAAGUCUCUGAAGACUUUUCUAUAUGUUAGAUUGACCUAACUGCUUUAUAAAAGUUGUGUAUCGAAAACAUAAAUACAAUUAAAUAAAGAAAUGUACAAAAACA